AUGGCAAACUUCUUCCUUCUCCUCCCCCUCGUGGCAUCAGCCAUCUCCCUUUCCUCCGCCAACCCGAUCCAACCCUGGGCUUUCUGGAAGCAGACCAAGGACAGCCCCUCUCACCACUCUGGCGGUCUGGGUUCUUCCGUUAAAGGCCACUUCCCCGCCAUGUCCUCUCACCAGAUCGGCCUGGGAUGUGGUGUUAACUGGGGAAAAGGUAAACUGCACGCCGGUUUCGAUGGCGGUGACAAAUUUUCCGGCGUUGGUGGUGGGUUCAACUGGGGGCCUAACUCCCUCUCCGGCGUCAUUGGUCUUAAUUAUAAUGGUGAGAAGGUCAACCUUAACCUUACCAUUACGGACACCAAACAGGUGUUGUUCAAUGUGAACGGUAAAGAUUUGGACUGGAGAAAAGUGUCCGAGGCGGAGUUAAAGCCAGAGGGCAAAUAUGCUAAGACGGUUGAGCGUCAUAUGUACCAUGUGAAUUAA